GAGCUGUGUUAUUUUCUCGGGCAUUUGUUCCUAACCACAGACCAGGUCUAGGAACAGAUUAUCAAAACAAAUCCUACCUAAUAUCACGGAGAAAUAAUUUCUGAGCCUGUAUCAGUGGUUAGGGGGGCAAUCAAAUUCUACUUAUGGAGCAAAAAUAUAUUGGCGGCUGCGCUGUGAAUGUCUGUGGUGCAGCAGCCGAAAGACCUCCAGCGGAGAGUCGUGGUAGCGCAAGGCUUGCAGAAACAGUCCUUUCAGUUUACUGUUGUAUGGGCAUUGGGCAGAAUGGAGACCAAACCAGUGAUAACCUUUCUCAAAACCCUCCUCAUCGUUUACUCCUUCGUGUUUUGGAUCACAGGAGCGAUCCUCUUGGCAGUGGGAGUAUGGGGGAAGUUUAUGAUCGGCCCGUAUAUCUCUCUGAUAGCUGAGAACACCACCAACGCUCCGUACGUCCUCAUCGGCACUGGGACUGUCAUCAUCGUCUUUGGCCUGUUCGGAUGCUUCGCCACCUGCAGGGGGAGCCCAUGGAUGCUCAAACUGUAUGUAAUGUUCUUGUCCCUGGUGUUCCUAGCUGAGUUGGUGGCUGGGAUCUCUGGCUUUGUUUUUCGUCAUGAGAUAAAAGGUACCUUCCUGAGGACAUAUACUGACGCCGUGUUGAAUUAUGAUGCUGAGGAUGAGAAGAGCCUGGCUGUGGACAACGUCCAAAGCAGCCUGCGUUGCUGUGGGGUGAACAACUACACCAGCUGGUUGGGCAGUGUGUACUACCCUGCUAACGGUUUUCCCCUGAGCUGCUGCUCCAACUCCUCUGACUGCAGCCCUCAGGACCUCCGCAACACCACCAUAAACCACACCAAGGUCUACCAGCAGGGCUGUUAUGAACUGGUAACCUCCUUCCUUGAGACCAACAUGGCCAUCAUCGCGGGAGUAACAUUUGGAAUUGCCUUCUCACAGUUGAUUGGCAUGUUGCUGGCCUGCUGUCUGUCCAGGAUCAUUACUGCUAAUCAGUAUGAGAUGGUGUAGCAGGGAGAGCAGAAGUACCAUUCCUUAACUUGAUAUUGUGCCAUGAAGACUUUCGCACAGUACCUUCAACUCCACUGAGGGACUCAGGCUGCAGUUGGAAGUUUCUAGUAAGCACUUAUGUCAAAUCAGCUUACCCUCCCCAAUGCAACACUGACCUUGGUUAAGCAUUUAUGGGCAACUUAAUCCUGCUCCAUAUUACAAGUUUAGCCAUCUCUAACACUUUGGAUAGAAGUUGUCCUUAGGGACAUAUCUAGGAACAGGUCACACGAAGCCUUGAUGCUAAACUUAACUAUUAGGGUGAUGAAUGGAUAUCUGACCCUGCAUCAGUGCUAAGCGCCAACAUCAUCCUGCCCCUUAGCAGUCUUUGUCUUACUGUCCUCUCACAGCACCCCCUUGUGGUCUGGCAUGCUCCAUACAGGGCCUAGCAUUUAAAAAGCAAUGCACAGAUUUGUAUGAAAUGAUGAAACCAUAUUUAAAGAUAAAACAGUAGCCAGCAUACACUGUAUUUUCAUCAUGUUUUUGAUCACUGUUGUAAAUACCCAAGCUACACACAUAUAGAGAAGAUAUGUUGAUAUAACAUUGAGAGAGCAUUUAGAGCUAACUUUUAGCCUUUCAUUUGCAUCCCUGCUAUUUCGCUGCUUCAUGGAUGAUAUCUCAGACUUUUGUGUCCAUAUCUAUGAUGUUAGCUUACAAUGAACUAACUGUGUAAUCAAUUUGGUCUCUGGAUGUGUAGAUGUCUUAAUAAUUUAUAAUUUAUUAUUAUAACAAUUAAUGAAGUGUGUGUCAAGUUUGGUUCGGAACACUGAGCUGUUCCGAUUUAAUAUAUGUGAGCGUAGGUUAUUUUAAUAUAUAUGAGCCUCGAAUUUUGACGGAUAAAUAUAUUCUUUAUUGAUUUGAUGGCUGUUAUGUGUUUUUGUGGCACACGUUGAGAUGUAUAUGCUUAUGUUUAUUUCAUGUUGUUUUAAUAGUAUGUCUGCCUUUCUGUCUGCACACUUACGAGUGUGAGUGAGAAAGAGUUGAGGUGGUUACAAGUGGGUAGAGUCGUCUACUGGAAUUG